UCCCCCCUCUUUCAUUCUUUCUUUCUCUCUACACCAAGACUCCGAGUCCUUCCAUUUCAAUUUUCCAAAUGCUUUCUCUGAAUUUCAAACCCUCACUCUCUCUCUCUCUUCUCAUUUUCUCGCUCUUCAAUUUGAGGUCCUAAAUCACUAGACUCCGUCCGAUUUCCGGUUUUUAAUCAGACCGCCGCGACGGACGAUGGUGACGGGGACGAGGAAGCCACCGCCGAUCACACCGCGCUACGUCAUCCGCCGCAGCUGGAAGCUUCUGAUCGUGUUAGCCGUCGCGCUCUGCGUCUUGGCGCUGUACAGGCUUCACUCCCAGCCGGACAUUUACUCUCCUUCUUCCUCCUCAUUAUCUCGCGCGAGAUCUCGUAUCGCUCGCCACAGCGUCGGCUUCGCCGGCCCGGCCAAGAUCGCCUUCCUGUUCCUCGCGCGCCGUGACCUCCCGCUCGAUUUUCUGUGGGAGAGCUUCUUCGAGAAUGCUGGUGGCGCUUUGAAUUUUUCAAUCUAUAUUCACUCGGCGCCUGGUUUUGUGUUCGACGAAUCAACCACCAGGUCUCGUUUCUUUCACGGCCGUCAACUACCGGAUAGCAUACAGGUGGGAUGGGGAGAAUCGAGCAUGGUUGAAGCGGAGAGGUUGCUGUUUGCGACAGCUCUCGAGGAUCCAGCAAAUCAACGAUUUGUUCUCCUCUCUGAUAGCUGUGUUCCUUUGUAUAACUUCAGCUUCAUAUACAAUUACCUGAUGGCUUCUCCGAAGAGUAUUGUGGACAGCUUCUUGGAUGUAAAGGAGGGCCGCUACAAUCCAAAAAUGUCACCCAUAUUACCAAAAAAGAAAUGGCGGAAAGGAUCACAGUGGAUUGCGUUGAUUCGGAGACACGCAGAAGUCCUUGUGGAUGAUGAAGUUAUACUUCCAGUAUUCAAGAAGUUCUGCAGGCGUCGCCCACCUGUUGACACUCGAAAGGGGAAGCUGAAUCUUAAACUUCAGAAACAGCACAACUGUAUCCCAGACGAACACUAUGUGCAGACACUGCUGGCGAUGAAUGAGCUUGAUGGUGAACUUGAGCGAAGAACACUAACCUAUACAUUGUGGAACAUCUCUCCAAAUAAAACGGAGAGUAAAGGCUGGCAUCCUAUGACUUUCAACCAUGCCAAUGCUGCCCCUCAAAAGAUAAGGGAAAUAAAGGAGAUCAACCAUGUAUACUAUGAGACAGAAUUCCGAACUGAAUGGUGUCGUAUAAAUUCAACCGCUGUUCCCUGUUUUUUAUUCGCAAGGAAAUUCUCCAAAGGUGCUGCCAUGCGCCUUCUGAGUGAGGGAGUUGUUGGUCAAUUUGACACAGCAGCAUUGUUAAAACCAUCACCAUGAUCUAAGUCUCAGCUUCUUAGUGGUCGCUAACUGGUAGCUCAUCGGGAUUACAAUCUGGGUAGAUAAUAAUGCCCACGAGAGAUUUACAUAAAUCACACAUACUCAUACAACAGAUUUUGAUACUGAAUACGCUAAGGAGGUCGUGCUGCUGUUCAACUUCUGCAAAGAUGAUGAGUCGUCACUUGUCAGAGACAUAAUGUAGGGUCUUCAACCUGUGAUGUCAAUGGCACUCUUCUUGUGGCAUUUAGACAUGUUGAAUUAGGACAGUAGCCAGGCCUUCAAGUAAGAUUUAAUGGGAUACUUAACUUUAUGCUUGCUGCAUUCUAUA